CCUCCUGCUGGGGCGAGGCUGAGCUUCACUGACUGGUUGAGCUUGUCCUGUGGUGACGCCCGUACCCCAUCAGUGUGCGAGACACCUGUCGCAGCGAGAGGAUCUUCACGGACCGCGUAGCGUCUGCACACGCCGUUUCAGGUUAAUCCCGAAGAGAGAGCUGAAACAGAGGACAGCGGCUGAUCAUGUCAAAAGAAGGGGACAGACAGUCUGUGUUCCGGACCACAAAGGUUCGGACCGCUCUAAAGGGGGACAACAGCUGGAUACAGCGCCGCUCGGAGUCCGAGGUAGAACAGGAGCAGGAGCAGGAGGAGAAGCCAUGGGUAGCGGAGGUGAGGGCAAACCGCACUAAUGGAGUCUUUGCUGACCCUAACCCCUCCGCAUCCCCGGCUGCUGCCUCCUCUACCCCACCUGCUUCUCCGACCUCCAGCGAAGGGGCAAAGGCAUCCUCCGGGUAUCUGAUCAGGGGAGUUUUCACACGGACCGACACUGAGAAAGCUUCGUCUGUGACCAACGGCACCAGUGCUACCUCGACCACCUUCAUCAAGAAGCCCACUGAGAGCUACAAGAAAAUAGCCCCUCAUAUUUUGCGGUCGGGCACGGGCGGCUUCGCUCAGGAUGAUGACCUGCUGUCUACCGAGGAGCAUGAGAGACGGACCGAGGCGGCCAGCGGCGUUCUCAGGAGCUCCGCCGUGCGACAGCGCUCCUAUGUCCUCUCGGCAGCCAAAAAAUAUGAGGCUGUGGACCAACCAAAAGUCAUUCCGUCAUUCGUAGUUAAAAGGGUGGUAAUUGAUGAGGACGAUGAGCGCACAGAGAUGUCGAAGGAGGUCAAACUCCCUGCCCUCACCCCGCAGAGCACAGCUCCUCAGCCGAGCUCCAAAGACAGUAAGCCGACUGUUGAACUGAAGACAGCGACACCAACCGGCCCGGUGAAAUCCAGCCCUGACGUGAACACUUUCACAGCUCUGUCGGACACAAUCGUUUCUCAGAAGUCACACACACCCAGCGCUGUGGACACACAGAAACCAAGCCUUGCUUUGGACCCUAACAGUUCAGUGAAGACGCAGAAACCCAGCACUGCUCUUGAACCCAGCCCCCUGAAACCAACCAGCUCCAAAGACACUAAGGUGGCUGUUGAACAAAAGAUGGAGACAAGUCCACUGAAGACCAGUUUGGUGAACGUACAGAAAGUGAACCCUGCUCCUGAGCCCAGUCCCACCACCCCAGCAAGCUCCAAAGACACCAAGCUGCCUGUUGAACAGAAGAGACAAGCCAGUCCAGUGAAGACCAGCUCAGCCGAAGCAGCGAAACUAAGCCCUGCUCUGGACCCCAGCCCCAUGGUCUUAACCAACUCAGCGGCAGCAUCAAAACUAAGUCCUGCUCUGGGCCCCAGCCCCCUGGUCUUAACCAGCUCCAAAGACACUAAACUGUCUGUUGAACAGAAGCCAAAGACAGAGAGCAGCCCAGUGAAGCCAAGCCCUGUCGUGAAUACUUUCACAGCUCUGUCGGACACACUCAUUUCUCCAAAGUCAAACACACCCAGUUCUCCUCCUGAAGCUCCGGCAACCUCAGACACGAGCGAAGAUCUGGACAUUGAUGACCUCAUUGCAGUGGGUGACAGUGACAGUGCUGUGGACCUUCUCGACCCAUUCCCUGUGGACACCACCAAGAGCUCAACAAAGCCAGCUGAUCCCGUUCCAGUCAGGACUAUUUCCAUCAAGAGCACUAUAGAUCCAGUUGCUCUUUCUGAAAUCUCUGAGGAUUCCAAACCCACGGAAAUCAGUGACAGUACUGUGGACCUUCUCGACCCAUUCCCUGUGGACACCAAGAGCUCCCCAGCCCCUUCACGCCCACAGACAUCCCCAGAAAGCGAGCAGAGGAUGGAGAGCAUGGAGGGUGGUGCUCUGGAUUCCCUUGCAGAUACUGUUAUUCCUUUCAACACAAACACAAGUGACAGUGCUGUGGACCUGUUCGACCCAUUCCCGGUGGAAGCCACCAAAAGCUUCACAAAGCCAGCUGAUCCCGUUCCAGUCAGGACUGUUUCCAUCAAGAGCACUAUAGAUCCAGUUGCUCUUUCUGAAAUCUCUGAGGAUUCCAAACCCACGGAAAUCAGUGACAGUACUGUGGACCUUCUCGACCCAUUCCCUGUGGACACCAAGAGCUCCCCAGCCCCUUCACGCCCACAGACAUCCCCAGAAAGCGAGCAGAGGAUGGAGAGCAUGGAGGGUGGUGCUCUGGAUGCCCUUGCAGAUACUGUUAUUCCUUUCAGCACAAACACAACAAGUCCAGAGGAAACCACCGGUGAUCCUGCAAGUGACCUCCAGAACUACACUAUCACAUUUGAGAGGAAGUAA